CGGCCAUGGCAUGCAGGCGAUCGAUCCCCGGAGCCAUCCCCCAGUGAUUGACCGCCUCCCAUCCCACCUUAUCCCAUCCCAUUUCGCUCCAUCCUAACCCACCUGAUCCCAUCCCAUCCCUUCUCAUCCUCUUCCACCCACCCUCCCUUAUCACAUCUUUACUCCAUCCUACCCCACCUUAUUCUCAUCCCAUCCCAUACAAUCCCAGCACAGCCAGGAGAAAAGAUGAAGGAAAUCUGCAGGAUCUGUGCCAGAGAGCUUUGCGGCAACCAGCGUCGCUGGAUUUUCCACACCACCACCAAGCUCAACCUGCAGGUGCUCUUGUCCCACGUACUGGGCAAAGAUGUCUCCCGAGAUGGCAAAGGAGAGUUUGCCUGCAGCAAGUGCGCUUUCAUGCUGGACCGAAUCUAUCGCUUUGACACGGUCAUCGCCAGGAUUGAAGCCCUCUCCAUUGAACGUUUACAAAAACUGCUGCUUGAGAAGGAUCGCCUCAAAUUCUGCAUUGCCAGCAUGUAUAAGAAGAAUAAUGACGACCCCAUCACUGAGGCCAAAGUGGGGAAUGGGACUGUGGAUAUUUCCAGUUUACCUGAUGUCAGAUAUUCUGCACUACUCCAGGAAGAUUUUGCAUACUCUGGGUUUGAGUGCUGGGCAGAAAAUGAGGACCAGACUCAAGACUUGCACAGCUGCCACACUUCUGAGGGCCCUGGAAACAGACCCAGGAGGUGUAGAGGCUGUGCUGCUUUAAGGGUUGCUGAUUCUGACUAUGAAGCCAUUUGUAAGGUACCCCGAAAGGUGGCUAGAAGCAUCUCCGGUGGGCUUUCUACCAGGUGGUCCACCAGUAUAUGUACUGAAGAGCCAGCCCUGUCAGAGGUUGGACCAUCAGACUUACCAAGCACAAAGGUACAAACAGAUGGGGAAAGCAUGGAGGAAGGGACUCCUGGUUCUUCUGUGGAAUCUUUGGAUGCUCCUGUACAGGCCAGCCUUUCACAACAAAAGGAUGAGGAAACUGAGAGAAGCACUAAAGAACUCACAAAAUGUGAUUGCUGUUCAGAUGAUCAGACUACCCAGUACUCGUGUGGUCACAAGCUGGAACUAGCCCUUAGCAUGAUUAAAGGUUUUGACUAUAAGCCCAUCCAGAGCCCCCGAGGGAGCAAGCUUCCUAUACCAGUGAAAUCCAGUCCACCUGGAAACAAGCUUGGCCAUCUCGUGGCAGAUGGAGCUAGUCCCAGUUUCUUAAACAGGCCUGUGAAACCCCUUUCCAAGACACCUGUGGGCUAUUCCCUGGAGAUAUCUGACCUACAGGAGCUGUGGGAUGAUCUCUGUGAAGACUAUUUGCCACUCCGGUUCCAGAAUAUUAUUGAAGAGCCACUCCAACAGCAGGAACCUAAUUCAGAGGAGGCCACUAUGACCCAUCAAUGUGUGUCUGAUUCUCACUUGGCAGAACUUCAAGACAAAAUUGAGCAAACAGAAACUGCCAACAAGAUUCUACAAGAGAAACUGAAUGAAAUGAGCUGUCAACUAAAAUCUGCCCAGGAAACAUCACAGAGGCAGGAUUGUACCAUUCAGAACCUCAGUCAAUCUUUGAAAAGCAGGGAGAGCGAGACUGAAGAAUUGUACCAAGUAAUCGAAGGUCAGAACGACACUAUGGCCAAGCUUCAAGGCAUGCUGCACCGAAGCCAGCUUGGACAGCUUCAGACCCCAGAAGAUGCCUCCCUAGCUCAGCAGCAGGUGGCCCUGCUGGAGCUCCAGAACACCUUGUUCUGCAGCCAGCUGGAGGUUCAGAAGUUUCAGAGAGCAGCACAGCGGAAGGAGCGGCUCCUGGAAGACGCUAAGAGGAACCUUCAGUUCAUCGAGGCUGCAGCUCAGCAGGUGGAGCAACAGAAGGAAGCUGCGUGGAUGCACAAUCAGGAAUUGCGAAGAACGCUGCAGCAGCUACAGGAAGAUUUGCGCAGUAAGAACAAGCAGCUUCACAUGCUGGAAGGCACGAAGUACCGCGAUUCCCAGGCCCAAGAGCAGAAGAUUCAGUGUCUGACCUACAACCUGCAUCAGAAAGACCAGCUUCUGCAGGAAUAUCGAGAACUCAUGCAACAUCAGAACAACUCUGAGAAAAGCCUUGAGGCCAAUGAAAUGAUGCUUGAGAAACUUCGACAUCGAAUCCAAGAUAGAGAUGUUGCUUUAGAGCGGGCCAUCGAUGAGAAAUUUUGUGCCUUAGAAGAAAAGGAAAAAGAGCUACAUCAACUUCAUCUUGCUGUAAGAGAACGAGACCAUGACUUAGAAAGACUCCGCUGUGUCUUAUCUUCCAAUGAAGCCACCAUUCAGAGUAUGGAGAGUCUUCUGCAGGCUAAAGGCUUAGAACUGGAACAGUUAUCAGUUACCUGCCAAAACCUUCAAUGGUUGGAAGAAGAAAUGAAGAAGAAAUUCAACCACUGGCAGAAGGAGCAAGAGGGCAUCAUCCAGCAGCUACAGACCUCUCUACAUGACAGAAACAAGGAAGUGGAGGAUCUUAGUGCAACAUUGCUUUGCAAGCUAGGACCAGGGCAGAGUGAAGUUGCUGAAGAGUUGUGCCUGCGUUUGCAGCGGAAAGAAAGGAUGCUGCAGGACCUUCUGAGUGACCGAAAUAAACAGGCUCUGCAACAUGAGAUAGAGAUUCAGGACCUGCUUCAAGCUAUGAGCACCAGGGAGAAGGAGAGCCAAGUGGCUGUGAGGAAGAUGGUGCAGGCCCUGAUGGAAAGAGGCACAGAGGUGCAGACCCUGCGCCAGAUCAUCGGAGGGAAAAACUUGCAAACGAUUCAAGGAAACAUCAAAGAUGAACCCACUUCAGUGACUGCUAAAGGCAAUGACAGCACAUCUGGGGCUCAGUCAGGAGCCAUGGAAACAACUGCAGAACUAGAGAAGGAACUGAUUAAUGCCAAAGAGGAACUUGAACUCAUAACAAGAAAAGAAAGAGAAAGUCGGAUGGAACUCUCUGCUCUCCAAUCUAUGGUCGCUGUGCAGGAGGAAGAGCUGCAGGUUCAAGCUGCUGACAUGGAGUCCCUGACCAGGAACAUUCAAAUUAAGGAAGACCUAAUAAAGGACCUGCAGAUGCAGCUCGUGGAUCCUGAAGAUAUCCCUGCUGUCCAGCGUCUGACCCAAGAAGUCUUACUCCUUCGGGAAAAAGUAGCCUCAGCAGAAUCACAGGGUCAAGAAACACCAGAAAAUCGCAGGCAUCAGCUGAUGCAGGUGUUGGAGGGGCUGGUGGAGGAGCGGAGUCGGCUCAAUGAAGCCCUACAAGCAGAGAAACAUCUCUACAGCAACCUGGUGGAGUACCACACACAUCGCAGCGGCUCUGAGCGAGACCAAGCCCUGCAGGUGGAGUUGGAAGGAGCCCAGGUGCUACGCAGCCGGCUAGAGGAGGCGCUCGGAAGAAGCCUGGAGCGUCUAAGCAGGCUGGAGACACUGGCUGCCUUUGGAGGCACAACCGUGGGUGAGGACACUGAGGAUGCUAGCACUGAAUUCACUGACAGUAUUGAAGAGGAAGCCACACACAGCAAUACCCACCAGCAAUGCAUCAAAGAGGCUUCAGGGAAAAGCCUGGGGACAGAGGAGACCCAACAUUCUAGUCUUCCUCCUCCUCCCCCAACCCAAGGAGAUAAAAACAGUGGCCUUCAGGAGGAAGUACUCUGCCUGAAGGUGGAGAUCCAACAGCACCUGGAACAGAAGAAGAAAGCUGAAGGGGAGCUGAAGGAUCUGAAAGCCCAGAUUGAGGAAGCAGGAUUCUCCUCUGUUUCCCAUAUCAGGAAUACCUUGCUGAGUCUGUGCUUGGAGAAUGCUGAGCUAAAGGAGCAGAUGGGAGAAGCAAUGUCUGAAGCAUGGGAAAUGGAGGAAGACAAGGAGAAGGAAGAAGGGCUGGUGGAGGAUGCCAGACAGGAUCAGAAAGAAGACAGCCUGUGUGCUGAGGUCAGAAAGCUGCACGGAAAGCUACGGAAUGCCAAUACCAUCAUUAACCUCCUCAAAGAACAACUAGCACUGAACAGCAAAGAAGGAGACAAUAAGUUUAAUCCACAGCUCAUCAUCCACCUGGCCAAGGAGAUCGACCGGCUAAAGACCGAAGCUGUUUGGUCUUCUGGGAAGCCCGUGGCUGUAGGAGACCAGCUUCAAGAAGACGAAGUGUCAAAGAGGUCCUAUUCCAGACCCCAGACCCUCGACGUUGUGUCUAUCCUUGAUUUACAACCCAAGGAUAGCCACCAGGUAGACAUCCAAGCCCAACUCAGCAGCAGUGGGCCAUCAGCAGAAUCUAGUCUCCAGGGGCCAACUCACCAGCUUCGCUCUCAGUUGGAACAGUGUAGACAACGCUACCAAGACCUCCAGGAGAAACUGCUGGUGUCAGAAGCUACAGUCCAAGUCCAGGCCAGUCAGCUAGAGCAAUACCGAGUCCUAUUUCGUGAGCCGGGGGUGAAACAGGACAGCAAGCAGAUACAGGUGGACCUCCAAGACUUGGGAUACGAGACAUGUGGCCGAAGUGAGAAUGAGGCUGAGCGAGAAGAAACCACCAGCCCUGAAUGCGAAGAACAUGAUGUCUUCAGCGAGGCCAGACUCAAUGAGGGGCUACACUCUCAGUACAAUUUUCUGGGGUCAGCACUGACGAGUUCCCCUCUAAAGCGGCCAUUGGGAAAACAGAUGGAUUUCUUGGAAUAUGGAAAAUCAGAGGACAUUGCCGUCCUCCAGCAACACAUCCGAGACCUGAAGGCGAGGCUGCAGAAUUCAGACAAGGUCAUCCAGAAUCUCAAGUGCCGAGUGCGAUCUUUCUCUGUCACCAGCGACUAUGCCUCUAGCCUGGAGAGACCCCGAAAAAUGAAGCUGAGGGAUGGUGAUCUCACAUCCUCCCCAUCCCACAGCCUCACGGAUGAGGAUGAAGGGUGGCAGUCUGAUGGGAUGGGGGUCUUCUGCCCACCUGAGAUGCAGGCCAGAAAAGAUCUGGAGAAACUCAUCCAGAGGGUGUCCCUGUUGGAGGCCCAGCUUCCCAAAUCCCAGGUUGAAGGAAAGCUGGCAGAAGAGCUAAGAUCAGCUACCUGGCCAGGGAAAUAUGACUCCUUGAUCCAGGCUCAGGCCCGAGAGCUGUCACACCUGCGCCAGAAGAUUCGGGAAGGGAGAGGUGUGUGCCACAUCCUCACCCAGCACCUCAGGGACAUCAUUAAAUCUUUUGAGGACCUGCUUCGAGGCACAGACAUUGACUACUACCUGGGACAAAGCUUCCGGGAGCAGCUAGCUCAGGGCAGCCAAUUAGCAGAAAGACUCACCAACAAGCUCAACACCAAGGAUCGAGGGAAGAUGGAUGAUCAAUCAAGUCAUGAGCUACUGGCCCUCAGGCUUAGCAAAGAACUACAAGAAAAGGAGAAAGUGAUUGAAGCCCUGCAGGACAAACUCAACGCUAGAUCCCUAACUCCCUCCAGCAGCCAUGCCCUCUCAGACUCCCAUCGAUCUCCCAGCAGCACCUCUUUCCUGUCGGAGGACAUGGAAGCCAGCUCGGACAUGGAUGCGGCCAGCGAGUAUACCCAGUAUGAAGAUGACUGUGCAGUCAAAGCUUCGCCUAACCUCCCAGACUCCAUCCAUCAUUCGGGUAAAAGUGCAGCUCCUUCAUCUAACCCAUCCUCUACCACUACAUCCCAUGGGGCUAAGAAGGAAUCCAGCAGCAUCCCCGCAACCAUGCCAUCUUCUCAGAAACCCCCCAAGGAGGCCAGCCAGGCACAUACAGGCCUUUAUUUUAACUCCAUGCCCAAGCCGGUUGGCCUUCGCCAGCCUCCACUUUCCUCGGCCCCCUCCAUCUUUCUGCCUUUUGGCCCCCCUCACCCUUCUGCCCCUCCCCUCCUUGGCUGCUGUGGGACAUCGGUGUUCUCCUUGGCAGAGGCUCAACAGGAGUUGCAGAUGCUACAGAAGCAGUUGGGAGAAAAUAUCAGUCCUCCCACUCCUGCCAUGACAGCCCCAUUGUCUGGCAACCUUGCUGAAGUCGGUUCUCCCCACUGCCUGCACACCCCUCACCGUACUUCCCAGCCUCAUCCUCUGGGGAUCUCUGCAGAACUCUGCAGGUCAGCAGACUCGGGACUCGUCAGCAACAGUGGCCUUUGGGAAACAAUUAGACCUCAGAAGGGCAGUGCUUUGGGAGACCUGUCCUCAAACUCCUCAGUGUGCCAACCUCAAUCCAAACUGACAGGGGCUGAUUUGCUGGAGGAACAUCUCAGUGAGAUCCGGAACUUGCGCCAGCGCCUCGAGGAAUCCAUCUGCAUCAAUGACCGCCUUCGAGAGCAGCUGGAGGACAGGAUCUCCUCUGCCACAAGGGCCAAUGGCUCCUCCUCCAGCCUUUAUGUGCCAGGUCUGGAGUCCAUGCCUCAGCUGUGCAACGAGAACAGAAUCCUCCGGGAAGAAAACCAAAACCUGCAGGCUCAGCUGAGCCACCUCUCCAAAGAGCAUUCUAGGGAGCUGGAGCGUCUGAGGGAGGCUCUGCUGGCCUCCCGAACCCAACUUCAAGAGCUCAAGCUGGAGCUGGACAGACAGAAGGCAGAACGGCGACAGACGGCCGAGGACUUGAAGGAGAAGCAGCAGGAGAUCCUCCAGUUCCGGGAGGAGCGACUCUCCCUUCAGGAGAAGAACAGCAGGCUGCAGCACAAAAUGAUCCUCCUCCAGCAGCAGUGCGAGGAGAACCAGCGGCUCUUCCAGUCUCUCCAGUCUGAGCUGCAAGUCUAUGAAACGCUGUAUGGGAGCUCCAAGCAGGUGCUGAAGGCUUACAGCUGGGAUAUCUAUCGCCAAGGGCCUCUGAGCAGUGACUUGAGCACCCUUGUGGCAGAGGUUCGAGCCCUUCGAAGUCAACUAGAAUACAGCAUCCAAGUGAAUAAUUCCUUGAGGCAACAGCUGGAGCAGCAGCUGGAUGGCAGUCCUGGGAAGACCAUCCUCAGUCCUUCCUGUGUGACCCAGGGUUUCCCAGCCAUGAACCCUGGGAAUAAGUGGCAAUUCUUCCAAGAUUCAAUUUCUUCUCCUCCAGUUCGGGAUGUUGGCAUGAAUAUUCCAACUUCAGUCUUCUCCUCAGCCCCAUCCAGUGCUCUUGACCCAGAGAACUCCCCAUUCCAGAGAACAAAAGAAUUGGGUUUGGAUGCAUCCCCGGGAAGGAAGACCCCUCCUGUGCUGGAAGGGGAUGCUCCUGAUGGUUCAUUUGCCAACAAGCAUGGCCGCCAUGUGAUUGGCCACAUCGAUGACUAUAGCGCCCUGAAGCAGCAGAUUCUGGAGGGGAAAGUUCUGGUCCACAAGAUGGUGUCUCUCAUGCAGGUUACACUUAACCCGCCUGCCCUGGAAGCUCAGGGCACUGAGACUCUUGCCUCUGGAAGGAUCCACCAGCUUCGGGGUAGCACCAGCACGCUGCACCAGAUUUUGGAGGAAUCUGCCUCCCUCCUCACCAUGUUCUGGAGAGCAGCCCUACCCAGUACCCACAGCCCUGCACAGCAGGGAAAAGUGGAGGAGUCAAUGAAAGGAGAAAUUCUAGAGCUGAAAACCAAAUUGUCUGAGCAAGAGAAUCUCCUGCAGAGUACUAAUGAACGCUUAAAGACAACCAACCGGCUAAAGGAGAGCAUGGAGCAGUUCAUCAUUAACCAAUUGACUAGGACGCAUGAUGUUUUGAAGAAGGCAAGGACAAAUCUUGAGGAGCCAGGCAGAAAGCAAAGCCACCAGGGAUCCCUGAAGCAGCAGGAGGGACGUGCCUGUCCUCAAUUUUGCCAAAUGCCUAAUCAUUGAGGAGCAUCCAGAUCCCAAUUUUGGAAGCGUACUGUGGGGUUCAGAGGACCUGGAAGCGGGAGACAGAGAGUUUCCUCGCUGGGGAUGCAUGGAAAUGGAGGCGAUCCAGCGAUUCAGUAUUAUUGCCAUUUUGGCAGGGCCCACCUGACUCUGGGCAAAAUGUAGAAACUUAGUUAUGGGUGUAGAACCUAAAAUGCUGCUUCUAACUUGGCCUUGGGGCAUUCGGAUCUGAUCUCAAGGGAGCAGAAAGCCUAACUGUCUGCCACACAAGCUUCUCUCUUCAGUACCUAUUCUUUAAAUGAGUAAACUCAGGGGAAAUACAGCCAUUCUCCCCAUGAAUGGGUAGCAGCAUGGCCCACAGACAUUGGACUAAUUCCUUAGGGAAGCUCACAGCUCGGUGCCACUCUAAAAAAAAGUGUAUUUUCCAGUCAUGCAUGAGCAGCUGCAAAGGGUGGUUGAAGGACUGACCUCAUCCCCUGGUGCUCACCAUUCUCGAGUCUUCCUUUUCCUGGAGUGGCCUCUUUUGGAUCAUUCAUGGGGGGAUGGAUCCAUGGAAAAAUGACAUGAAAGCAACAUCCAGAAUUGAAGUUUCUCACCUGGAAGGAUCACCACCGUGAUUUGUCUACUUUUACUCUCGCACAGAGAAAAAUGAAACGUAGAGAGCUUAAGCCAGAUCAUACCCUUCACCUUGGAACAGUGACCUGAUGAAACAGUCGAAUUCCUGGACUGUUUUUCCUACCUUCCAUAUUUAAUCAUUAUUUUUUUCCUCCAUGUUGUGAUAGCCAAGUUUCACUGACUUGGUUUAUGCAACAGGAUGGUUUUAAUUUGCUGUACCCUUGGUUUAAUCCUCAUUUCUCCCUCUAGGGAACCAGGAAUAGCUGACCAGACUCUGUCCAGUGGCAUGGCUCCACUUGAGUCCUCAAUCAGAUAAGAGCAAUGCCCAUUUUUAAGUGGAAUUCAAGACGCCCCACACUGUGGUUGAAACCAUCCUUAUCUGUGGCAUCGCAGUGCUUGUAGGAUAUGUGUGUGUAUAUAUGCUGCCACAGUGAUGUGAUCCACAAGUUAAGACAGCUGGGGAUGGAGGAGGGCAGUGGCAGGAGGGAGAUGUCCCAGCCUUCUUACUAGGCUGUCUUGCAUCCAAGGGGAGCACAGACUGUGUGUAAGAAAUAAAAGUUUUUUCUUCACUGA